AUGGCCUGCUCCAACAGGUAUAUGUUGAACUAUCCCCCUCAAACAGUUCUGGUGUCUCCGGAAGCCAGGGGGGCUCAAAUGGGAAUAUUACUGCCCAUGUACCCCCUUGCAAACACUCCCGGAAUCCCUGCGCGUUGUUACGAGGUAAAAAAACAAGGCUCUCGCUACUUUGGGCGUGUCUAUCUCGGCUGUGGCAAGACGAGACAGCGCUGCCAGUGGAAAGUCCGCCUUGACCUGGUCUUCUCUGCUGCAGCUGCAGCCUGCCACCCGGUAUCUUCAGAAGAAUUGGAGUUCCCCGACCCCAAAGAGUUUGACGAGUUGUUCAACAAAGAAUUUGCUCAGCUUAUAGACAAACUCCACAUCGGAGACAAAGGGUCGGCUCUGCAGGUGAUCACAAGGAAAGCUCCUGGUUCCAAAGUUGGCGAAGAUUUUGCCAAGCUUUUUGGUAGUUUGGAUCUCAGUGAGGACGAGUAUAAGUACGCUGAAUCCUGCAGGUGCAUUUCUUCAAGCAAGCAUGGCAACCUCACCUUAACUCACGGAAGAAGAGGUGGCCCAAAUCUUAAGCGGGCUUACCCUCAAUGA